AUGGAGGUCUAUGUAGACGACAUGGUAGCAAAAACACCUAUGCAGGGGUCACACUGUGACGACCUAGUAGAAAUCUUCAAACAACUCCGAGCAUAUAACAUGAGACUCAAUCCAGACAAAUACGCGUUCGGAGUACAAGGAGGGAAGUUCCUCGGGUUCAUGUUGACAUCUCGAGGCAUCGAGGCCAACCCAGAAAAAUGCAAAGCCAUACUGAACAUGACAAGCCCAAAAACGGUAAAGGAAGUCCAACAACUUGCAGGAAGAAUAGCUGCUCUAUCACGCUUCCUACCAGCAGUAGCAAGCCGAUCUUAUAACUUUUUCCAGACAUUUUCUAAAGGCAGAAAAUUCACCUGGACUGACGAAUGUGAGAAUGCUUUUACCGAACUUAAACAACACCUCACAUCACCACCAAUCCUCCAAAGGCCAGAGACAGGUAAGCCACUAUAUUUAUACCUAUCAAUAUCUAACCAUGCUAUAAGCUCGGUCUUAGUAACAGAAACAGGAAAAAAGCAAAGCCCGGUAUACUUCAUCAGUAGGGUACUACAACCAACAGAAACAAGGUACCCGAAGAUAGAACAACUGGCGCUGGCACUAAUCACCACAGCAAGAAGAUUACGGCACUACUGCCAAAGUCACACAAUCAUAGUGCGAACAGACCAACCGCUAAGACAAAUACUAACCAGACCCGAGCUCGCCGGCAGAUUAAUAAAAUGGUCGGUCAAGCUCUCCGAGUUCGACAUUCAAUACGAAUCAAGAAAAACACUGAAGUCACAGGUGCUAGCCGACUUCAUAUCAGAAAUGACCAAUGACACACAUAACACAGAGGUCAGGUGGAGCAUACAUGUAGAUGGAGCAUCCAACAAGGAAGGCAGUGGAGCGGGGAUACUACUCAAGGAAGGAAACAAAGUGGUGGCCGAGCAAUCACUGCAGUUCCGCUUCAACGCAAGCAACAAUCAGGCGGAGUACGAAGCCCUACUCGCUGGACUAAAGCUCACCUUACGACUACAAAUACCUCGGAUAACAGCCUACUGCGACUCUUCAUUAGUGGUACAUCAAAUAAAGGGCGAAUUCCAGGUAAAAGAUCCUUUGUUAGAGAAAUAUUGGCUCGUAACAAAGGAUCUAAUUUCAAAAUUUAAAGAAUUUGAUAUUAUCCAUGUAAACCGAGAACAAAACACCAGGGCCGAUGUGUUAUCUAAGUUAGCCACAACUCGGCAAGCCGAAAACACAUCGGCACUGUCCCAACUAACACUCGACAAACCAAGUUUUGAGCAGGAUACAAUUUUGAGUAUUACACAGGUCCCAGAUUGGCGAAUACCUUUCCUCAAUUAUAUAAACACAGGCACCAUACCAAAUAACGAACCAAACUUGCCACUCUUCCGAAGAAGAGCAAGCUUCUAUACAGUGCUCGGAAACACCCUAUACAGGCGAGGACAUUCACAACCACUGCUCAAGUGCAUCAGCAAAGAGGAAGCCGAGGAGGUUAUGGCUGAAACACAUGAAGGAGUCUGUGGCAACCAUAUUGGCGGCCGAGCACUAGCAGCAAAGAUCUUGCGAACAGGUUACUAUUGGCCGACGAUAAAACAGGACUGCAUCACAAAGGUCAAAGCAUGUGAUAAUUGUCAAAAGCACGCCACCCUCUCAGAGACUCCGGCCGAGGAGCUCCAUACCAUAGAGGGAUUAAAGAAAAAACUCGGCGAAGCUAAAGGGGAGUGGGCUGACCUCAUUCCAGAAAUUCUAUGGAGCUACAACACCAGCAUCCAAUCUGCCACAGGGGAAACUCCCUUCAAAUUGGUAUAUGGCGCAGAAGCGCUCAUUCCAGUAGAGGUCAGCGUCCCAACGUUAAGGACCAAACUCUAUAAUCAACCAAACAAUCAACAAGCUCGGUCAGCUGACCUGGACCUCCUAGAAGAAGACAGAGAUAUCUCCGCCAUAAAGCAGCGAGCCAGAAAACGAUACCUAGAGCAAAGACACCACAAAAGAGUAGUCCACAGGUCUUUCAACAAUGGAGACCUUGUACUCAGACGAACAGAAGAUGCACGGAAACCACCAGCACAUGGCAAAUUAGCGGCGAAUUGGGAAGGUCCUUUCCGAGUUCUCCAAAACCUUGGAAAGGGGGCUUACAAAUUAGAAACCCUUAGAGGAGAGCAACUUUCGGGAACAUGGAACGUCUCCUCUCUAAGGGAAUAUCAAUCGUGA